AUGAUUUCUUCAAAAAGCAAGCAUUCCAAACGAAGAUCAAAUUGCAUCCAAUUAACUGAAAAAGAAAUUAACGAUUUCAUCGCACACAGUGAUGAUGAAGAGACUGAUGGUAGUGAAAGUGAUUGGGAUGAUAUGGGUGAAACUGAUUUGUCGACUGUACUUUCAAGUUCAACAACUAUUAUGAAGGGUAAUACUGUUAGCCAGUUAUCCAGUGAGAUAGCUUCAUCAUCUAGUCACAAAAUAACUUGUAGUGCUAUCAAAGAUAUUGGUGUCAACGAGUUGUUUGGCUCGGUACCUUCCAAUGUGUUAUUGAAUGAAAAAGAAAUCAAUACAAAUAUGCAUGAACUGUUCGGUGAGGCUAAUUUAAGUGACGAUAGUAAUAGUGAUAAUAGUGGUGAUUUUGAUAUCAAUCAAUUGCAGGGGAUCGAAGACGAUGAAAAUGAUCGUGAACUUUCAGAGAAUGGAGUCAGUAUUCAAAAAAGUUUAUCAAUUAAACAACAUUUAGAAAAAGACAAAUUAAUUGAACGUCAUGUUAAUAACACAAUUCAACUAGAUGAAGAGGUAGCAAAAAGGAAUUCUGCAUCAUCGUCUGCUUUCAACGAAAGUAGUAAUAAUAAUUCAGUUAGUAUUGCUUUGGCAGCCUGUGCCUUACGACGUCAAAAAGCAAUCUCUGCACUGAACAAUUCUUCAUUUACUCCUAAUCCUGUCGUUUCAACUAAAUCCACUGCUAUAACACCUGUUUCAAAUAGUAACGAUCAGUCAGCUUCAGUUGAUAAAGAUUGUUGGAUUGCAAUCCCUACAAAACUUAGAGUUUAUCGACCACGAAUUUCCUCUGAACUUUGGUCCAGCAGAAUUUCUGAUCGUGAGGUUCUCACUCUACCUCAAUAUAUUCAACGUCAUCGUAACCACCAAUCUGUCGGUAACGCUAAAAAGUCUUUUACCAGUGAAGCUGUUGUAGUUGGUGUCAUUGGAUCCAAAUUGCCUCCACGUCGCUCUCGUAAUGACCGCAUUUAUUCUGUCUGGUGUCUAAGUGACUUGGAAAAUAUUGGUCCUGGAUCUUCAUCAGGGUGUUUGAAACUGUUUUUAUUUGGUAACUGUCAUGAGAAAUUGUGGAAAGAGCCUGAAGGUAGCGUGGUUGCUAUUCUGAAUCCUCGCUCACUCACCUCUGGGGAAUCAUUUACAGAUGAUAAAGAUGUUAGUAUUACAUUGGAAUCAUCAUUACAUGCUAUGAUUUUAGGUGAAUCACCUGAUUAUGGCAUUUGUAAUGCAACAACAAAAUCUGGUCAAUCAUGUUUUCAUGUUAUCAAUAAAAGCAUUUGUCGCUUCUGUGAUUUUCAUGUGAAAAAAGCCUAUAUAGAGGCAAGUACAUCUCGUCCAGGAUUUGUAAGUGCAAGUUUACCAGGAUUCGGUGGACAACAACGAAAAUCACGAUACACUGGUGAUCGUCCCCCAGACACACCUGAACCAGGUGUAUUUACUCUUCCCAUAAAUACAAAUUAUUUGGUUGAUAACUGCUACAAACCUGUUGUAUCUUCAGCCAAAGUUAAACUUAGUCUGACCAAAUUAAAAGCGGCUGGUUAUCAAGUAGAUACAUCUAUUGGAUUAGGUAAAAAUCCAGAAAUAACUAAAACAUCGCAAGGAUCAUCAUCAUCCCAAUCCUCUUUAUCAGCGGAUAAUAAUCAAAACUCAAAUUUAUCUAACAACGAUAUCCCAUUAAUUACAGGAAAGGAUUCUCCAAUUACUCUUAAUCAAAGUAGUAAGAAGGUAACUGAAGAAAACUCAGAAAAAAACAUUCCAAAUCACAAUGAUCAAGUAACAACUGAACUUAAUGAAGCAGAAAACAAACUUGUAUCUGUACUACGUCGACCAUCUGCUGGUUCUUUAAAUUUAUUGAGGCAUUUAGAACAAGAAAGUGAAAAUGGCACUGUCUCUGCUAUAUCCAAAACUGCUACUAAACGAUCCGUGAAUAAGUCGAAUUCUGAAAAAUCUCUAAACAAUUCUCAAGAAUCAAGCUCACGUCUAAAUUCACCAUCUCCUGUAACAUUUGCUGAAUUUUUCUCCAAUAUUAAUGAGAAACACAAACAUUCUGUAUCGACACUGCCUACCAAUAUCAAACCUGGUCUGAGUAAUACAUCAGAACAAUUUAUAGAUUUGGGUCCUGUGCCAUUGACGACUAGUUCUCAGACAACAUUGUCACGAUCUGUGUCAUCAUCAUUCAUAAAAGAUGCAGCACGUUUGCGUGCUACAGCUUUAGUAAAUGCUCAAGGAGGUGUGAAUAAAAUGAUUGAAAAGGAAACUUUGAAACGGAAAGCAAAUUUUUUGAAGGUAUCAUCUUGUUCAAAAGCGUCGGUUUUAUCUGAAAUUCUGGAUAAUAAUCCUUCAAAACGUGCAAAACGUAUUUCAAAUGAUGAAACAAGUCGAAAGUUAUUGAAAGAAAAUCGUGCAAAAAAGUUAAGUGAAUUAGCUAAACAAAUUAAUAAAGGUUCAGCGCAUAAAAAUCUAGUUGAUGUACUUGAAAAUCAAACUGAACAAAUUCGUCUGAAUAAUUUAGAAAAACGUGAUGAAUUUGAACAGAAACUUGUAAAUCAAAAUAAAGAAGCAUGUACAUAUGUAAUAUGUGAAACGUGUAAUUAUCGUGCUCUUAAAACAGCUCCUAACUGUCGUACCAGUAAUCACCAAAUUAAAUAUUUGAAGGGUUUUAAACAUUAUUUUCGUUGUCGUCAGUGUUCAAAACGAACUGUAUCAUUAGAUCGUUAUCCUUCAAAACCAUGCCAACAUUGUGGUGAAUCUUUGUUUGAAAAAACUGGAAUAAUGAAGGAACGUAAAGGUGUAUUAUUACCCCAUGAACAACUUUUACCUCGAGGUAUUGAAGAGAAAUUUCUUAGCUAA